UAUUAUUUAAAAACUUUAAAUUUUGUUGUUCGAUGAGAUUUUCAUUUUCACGAUUCCGAAAUUAACGCUCGGGCUCGGAGUUUUGUGUUCCGUAUCCAGUCACAUUGAGCGGAAAAUGGCGAAUUUAUCUUACGGGAAGCGCAUGUUAAAAGCUGGACUUGAAAGUCAAGGCAUUUUGCAAAAGAAAGUAAAACGCCUGAAGCCUGAGGAAGAUGCCAAAUGGUGGUGUCAGGCUGGUCUUGACAAAGAUGGGUUCAAAGUAAAAUAUAUAUCUGACUAUAAAGGAUUUGGUGUAUUUGCCGAAAAAGACUUCAGAGCAGGGGAUUUUCUUCCAGAAUAUGUUGGAGAAAUAAUUACUGAAGAAGAGGCAUUUGAAAGGCAGAGAAAAUGUGAUGAAAAUUAUUUUUUUUUUUACAAGAACAAAGGAAAAAGUAUGUGUAUUGAUGCUUCAACUCAAGAUCAUAUAUGCCAGUAUGUCAAUGAUGGGAACAAGAUGGCUAAUGCUGUCAUGAAACUUUUGACUUUUGAGAGGCCUUGUCUAUGCUUGUUUGCUGUCAGAGAUAUUCAAGAGAAAGAAGAAAUACUGUAUAACUAUGGAGAUACUCAGAAUCUCUGGUGGAGAAAUAAGUGGAACAUACAUGUAAUGGAAACACAGAAAAUGAUGAAAAUGGACAGGGUGACUAUGAGGGAAGCAGUAGCUGCAGCAACCAAAGGAACAAGUCAGUAAAGUGGUAAUUGGAGGACGCACAGCUUUUGCAGGAGCAAUUUUAGGAUUUAGCAUAAAUUCAUUCAUGAUUCGCUCAAAUUUUUGCUAGGAAGAAGUUUUGCUUUUGUAGCAUGAUACAAAAAUGAUGAUCAAAUAGAUUUUGAGUGUAUUUUACAACUAAUUUAAUCUCCUUAUGAUGUUGAAUGUUUGGCCGGGUUGCAGAACCUGCAUUCAGCUUUGAAGUAUGGUGAAUGCCAGGUGAUCAGCUGGCUGAGCGGACCACUUGUGCAUGCAAUGUACUUUGUGUAAUCAAAUCAUCUCACACCUCUAACUUGACAUCCUUCAAACUUUGUACAAUUGUAUGGAGACAUUAAAGAUGUAUUUUUGACUUUUUGGAAGCGCUCUGACAUUUUUCCAAAAUUUACAUUUAGUUGAACUUUGUCACUUUCACAACUUGUUUUGAAAUAGACAGUACCUACUUUGUAAAAUUGACUCCUCUCAUAGCGUUUACUUUACAUUGUUCAGACC